CCUAGAUCUAGGCUUCUACUAACGGUUUCUAUUACCACUUUUGGUGGCGUUACCGUACCUACAAUGGUUACCCCUGACAACCUUUUAAAAGCCACAACAACCCCUCGAGUUUCGGCUUUUUUAUCAUAUUUCUCCUGGGAUGCGUUUGCCGCAGAUAUUCCAUAGCCUCCACAAGCGUCUCCAAAAAAUGUUUGAAAAAAACCAGGAGGAUGGUGGUACGCCCAGCAUCCAGGAUAUUGCCGGCAGGCUGGCGGAGGAGCAGCAGCGGCUGAGGCAAAAGGAGGCCACCACAAUGCCCAAGGAGCGAACAGUGCUCAUCUUGGGAAGCAAAUGUGUGGGCAAGACCACAGCCAUCAACAAAUUCUUCGAUCGCGAGGAGCACACAACGCGACCCACCCUGGCCCUGGAGUACAGCUACGCCCGAAGGUUAGGGAAUGGAAAAACCCCCCAGGUGAUGAAUGUCUGGGAAUUGGGAUCCUUGGAAAAUGCCGAUCAACUGCUAGAGGUCCCCAUGAGGACACAUGGCCUGCAUCAGUUCGCAGUCUUCAUAAUGCUGGACCUUUCGCAGCCCCAGCGCUUCUGGACUGACUUGGAGUGUGCGUACAAGGGCUUGAAGGACACGGCCCAGCAGAUGAUGGAGAGCCUGUCCCCAGAGCUCAGGGAGAUCAUAGAACAGAGAACAUUGGAGCGACUGGGCCAACAGAACAAGGAGGAUCUGGGCAAUCAGGAGCCCCUGCCCUUCCCGGUGGUGAUUGUGGGUGGAAAGUACGAUAUCUUUGCUGGCCUGGAUCCGGCAGUUAGGAAGCACACCUGCCGGUGCCUCCGCUCCAUGGCCCACUUGAUCGGUGGGGCAUUGCUCUUUUAUUCCCAACGUAUGCCCAAGCUGGCGAAGGUUCUCAAGGACACCAUCUGCCACCUGGGCUUUGGCAGCCCGGCCCAACCUUUCCGAAGCCAGGUGACUGAUUUCAAUGAACCCCUUUGCAUUUGGUUUGGAACGGACAGUUGGUCGAAGAUCGGAGACACGGGAGCUCAGAGUGUAGAGCGGAUUGGGGCCACUUUCGGGGUGGAAGUGCCCCAACUGCAGCUGGAGAAGAAGAAAACACAGGACACUUCAGAUCCUGCCAAAGAUCCGGGGUUCAAGGAGUCCCUCAUCGACGAGAUGCGAGCUCAAAAGAACGAGGAACUCGCUGGUAUUAUGAGGGAUGUCCUGCUGCGUGGAAAGUUUGAAAGUGUUCAAAAUUAA